AAAGCAAGCAAGUUAAAUCUUCAACGCACCAGCCACAUUUACAUAUUUGCCCAAGGGCAAAAGAGUAUGAGUGCCACACCGGCACGACGGCACGACAUCUGCAGACGACGACCAAUGAAGCUUCACUUCGCUGCACUAUUAAAACAAGCCACGGCUACCGGAAGCAACUCUUUAGAGAUUGAUUGAUCAACAAAGGAACGCCCAAGUGGUCAAAGACAGCAACGAUGAUCUCCAUGAUCAUGGUCCUCAACCAAAAGGGAGACAUUAUGAUCUCCCGUCAGUAUCGUGAUGAUGUUGGCCGCGCCGCAGCAGAUUCCUUUCGUCUACAGGUCGUGGCGGCAAAGGAGACUGGUACCGAGGCUCCCGUCAAGCGCAUUGAGAAUUGCUCCUUUUUGUACACGCGACACUUGAACAUGUAUUUUGUGGCCCUCUCUCGAUCCAAUGUCAACCCCGCAUUGGUGUUUGAGUACUUGUUCCAAUUGAUCCGGAUCUUGAAGGCGUAUUUGGGAGAAGAUUUUGAUGAAAAUGCCAUGAGGAACAACAUGACUUUGAUCUAUGAAUUGAUGGACGAAACCAUGGAUUUUGGAUAUCCGCAAAAUUGCUCCGUCGAUGUGUUGCGCCUCUACAUCAACUUGGGAAAUGUGCGUCCUCAGGAUGAACCAGAGCCCUCGCAGCUUACCAGUCAAAUCACGGGAGCCAUCGACUGGCGUCGGGAAGGAAUCCGCCAUAAAAAGAAUGAGGUGUACAUCGAUGUACUCGAAAGCGUCAAUCUGCUACUUUCCAGCAAUGGAAAUGUGCUACGAAAUGAAGUCACGGGAGGAGUCCAGAUGAACGCCAAAUUGACGGGAAUGCCAGAGUGUAAAUUCGGGCUCAACGAUAAACUCGUCAUUGACAAGGAAAAGGAAGACCGCAAGCCAGGAGUGGAAAUUGACGAUUGUACCUUUCAUCGUUGUGUCAGGCUGGGUAAAUUUGAAGCGGAUCGAACCAUCACCUUUAUUCCACCCGACGGGGAAUUUGAAUUGAUGAGGUACCGAGUCACCGACAAUAUCAAUCUACCCUUCAGGAUUAUUCCCGCGGUACAGGAGGAGCAAGGAAUGACAAAGGUCUCGAUCAACCUCAAGGUAAUUGCGAAUUUCUCGGAUCAGCUUUAUGCCACCCAUGUUGUUUUGAAGGUGCCUGUACCAAAGAACACCGCCAAGGCCAAGAUCAAGCACUCGUUUGGACGUGCCAAGUAUGAACCCGAACAGCAGGCGAUUGUGUGGCGUGUCAAGCGAUUUGCUGGAAAAGCGGAGUGCCACAUCAACGCGGAAGUGGACCUUAUGCCCACCGUCCGUCCAAAGCCUUGGAGCCGACCUCCAAUCAACGUCGAGUUCCAAGUGCCAAUGUUCACUGCCAGUGGGGUUCAUGUCCGCUUCCUGCGAGUCUACGAUAAGUCUGGGUACCACACCAACCGAUGGGUUCGAUACAUUACCAAGGCUGGAAACUACCAGAUCCGUAUUUGAGAAUCUACAUGGACUGCACAUUGUAAAAUAGCGAUCCUCGGUGCUUGCUGUG